ACUACUGAGACCGCAAUGGCAUGGUGGAAGGCCUGGAGUGAAGCAGAGGGCAGGUCUGUGGCUGGUACUUUACAUUUUAAUGCUGCACCUGAUGCUCAGACUCUGUACAACGCCAUGAAAGGGCUGGGGACUGAUGAACAAGCUAUAAUUGAUGUCCUAACCAAGAGGAGCAAUCUGCAGCGUCAAGAGAUUGCCAAAUCCUUCAAAGCACAGUUUGGAAAGGAUCUGAUUGAAAGCCUGAAGUCUGAAUUGAGUGGCAACUUUGAGAGGCUCAUUGUAGCUCUCAUGUACCCCCCAUUCAAGUAUGAUGCCAAGGAACUGUAUGAUGCCAUGAAGGGCGUGGGAACAAGGGAAAGUGUUAUCAUAGAGAUCCUGGCAUCUCGGACAAAAGCGCAGAUCAAGGAGAUAAUCAAGGCGUACAAAGAAGCAUAUGGUUCUGAUCUGGAGCAAGACAUAAAAUCGGAAACAAGCGGCUACUUGGAGCAGAUUCUGGUUUGCCUUCUUCAGGGUGAGAGGGACAAUGCCACCCUCUAUGUGGACACAGCCCUGGCUCUUCAGGAUGCAGAGGCUCUCUAUGCUGCUGGAGAGAAGAUUCGGGGCACUGAUGAGAUCCAGUUCAUCACCAUCCUGUGCAAAAGGAGUGCCACACACCUAAUGAAAGUGUUUGAAGAAUACCAGAAGCUGGCUGGUAAGAGCAUAGAAGACUCUAUCAAGAGUGAAACUCGUGGUUCACUUGAGGAUGCCAUGCUGGCUAUUGUGAAAUGCACCAGGAACAUCCGUUGCUACUUUGCAGAAAGGCUGUACAAUGCUUUAAAGGGGGCUGGCACCGAUGAUGGGACUCUGAUAAGGGUGCUUGUUUCUCGAAGUGAAGUUGACCUAAAUCUUAUCAAGCCUGAAUUCCAGCGCAUUGCAGGAAAGCCUCUCUCCACUAUGAUUUCGGAGGACACCAGCGGCGAUUACAAGACAGCCUUGAUGAAUCUCUGUGGCAGUGACUGA